AGUUAAGGUAAAUGCAAUUUCUAUUUCGAUAAUUUUGGAUCAUCAAUAUUUUUGGGCAUGACUAUCGUUUUUAUGUUAUUCCAAGUCAAGGUAAAUGUAGGUAGCAAUAAGGACGGUGCAUCGCCUAUUUUUCGUUCUUGUUCGGGAACCAACACGAAAAUACAUGCUACCUACUUGGACCUUUAACCAGAGACCGCGAGCGAGUCUCCAUGGAAUGGCCUACUUCGACCUUCUCUUACAGAAAUGUUCUUCCUUCUCGCAAAUCAAGCAACUUCAAGCAAAUCUCAUUACCAAUGGCCGAUUCCAAUUAUCUUCCUCUCGCACCAAGCUCCUCGAGCUCUGCGCCAUCUCCCCCUUCGGCGAUCUUCCCCAUGCUAUCCGUAUUUUCCGCCAUAUCCGCGCCCCUCCCACCAACGAUUGGAACGCCGUCAUUCGCGGCACCGCCCUGAGCUCCGAUCCCGCAAAUGCUGUUCUCUGGUACAGGGCCAUGGCUGCCUCAAUUGGGCCUCACCGAGUCGACGCUCUCACCUGCUCCUUUACUCUCAAAGCCUGUGCCCGCGCGCUGGCUCGUUCUGAAGCGAUGCAAUUGCAUUCACAGCUUUUGCGAUUCGGGUUCGAUGCGGAUAUUCUCCUGCAAACUACAUUGCUUGAUGCGUAUGCGAAAGUUGGGGAUCUUGAUCGUGCCCAGAAACUGUUCGACGAAAUUCCGCAACCAGAUAUCGCCUCGUGGAACGCUUUGAUUGCUGGGUUUGCUCAGGGGAGUCGACCGGGCGAUGCUAUAGCCUUGUUUAAGAGAAUGAAGGAGGAUGGAUAUUUGAGACCCAAUGAAGUAACCGUUCAAGGUGCUCUGUUGGCGUGUUCGCAAUUGGGUGCUCUGAAAGAAGGUGAGGAAGUUCAUAAAUAUAUAAUAGAGGAGAAUCUAGACAUGAAUGUUCAAGUUUGCAAUGUCGUUAUUGAUAUGUAUGCUAAAUGUGGAUCUGUGGAUAAAGCGUAUUGGGUGUUUCAGAACAUGAGGUGUGAGAAAAGUUUAAUCUCAUGGAAUACAAUGAUAAUGGCAUUUGCAAUUCAUGGCCAUGGAUACAAAGCGCUGGAUCUUUUUGAAAAAUUGGGUCUAUCUGGAAUUUCCCCUGAUGCAGUGUCAUAUCUAGUCGUGCUUUGCGCCUGCAACCAUGGAGGGCUUGUAGAGGAUGGGGUUAAGCUGUUCAAUUCUAUGGGGAAAAGGGGGUUGGCACCAAAUAUAAAGCAUUAUGGAAGUGUGGUUGAUUUGUUGGGUCGAGCCGGGCGUCUGAAAGAAGCUUAUGAAAUUGUAAAUUCAAUGCCUUUCCCUAAUAUGGUACUUUGGCAGACUUUGCUUGGUGCUUGCAGGACUUAUGGGAAUGUAGAAAUGGCAGAACUGGCAUCAAGGAAGUUAGUAGAGAUGGGAUUUAUUAGCUGUGGUGAUUUUGUUUUGUUGUCGAAUGUGUAUGCGGCUUGUCAGAGAUGGGAUGAUGUUGGGAGAAUUAGGGACGCCAUGAGAAGAAGGGAUGUGAAGAAGACACCAGGAUUUAGUUACACAGAAGUAAAAGGCAAGAUGCACAAAUUUGCAUAUGGUGAUCAAAACCACUCGAGUUGCCAUGAGAUUUAUGCAAAGCUUGAUGAGAUCAAGUUCAGGAUCAAAGCCUGCGGGUAUGCAGCUGAAACUGGCAAUGUAUUGCAUGAUAUUGGAGAGGAGGACAAGGAGAACGCACUGUGUUAUCACAGUGAGAAGCUCGCUGUGGCUUUUGGAUUGAUUUGUACGGAAGAGGGGACCCUAAUUCAAGUGAUUAAGAAUUUGAGGAUCUGUGUGGAUUGUCAUGUUGUGAUUAAACUUAUAUCAAAGAUUUAUAAUCGAGAAAUUAUUGUAAGGGACCGAACUCGAUUUCACCGAUUUAAAGAAGGUUUGUGUUCUUGCAAAGAUUAUUGGUGAUAUUUAUUGGCUCAAUACUUCUCAA